AUGGAUUUGAUCGAUAUGCGAAGUAUCCCAGAUGACGAAUACAAAUGGAUUCUCCAUACAAAAGAUCAUUUUUCUAAAUUUUCUUGGGCUUAUCCGUUAAAAUCAAAGGAAGCUGAACCUGUUGCUGCAAAACUCCUGCAACGGUUUUAUUCAUCUGGAGCACCACGAAUAUUACAGUCAGAUAAUGGAAAAGAAUUUGUGGCUAAAGUUAUUAAGGACUUAAAAAACACCUGGAAUGAUCUUGUAAUUAUCAAUGGUCGCCCUCGUCAUCCUCAAACACAGGGCUUAGUUGAGCGUGGUAAUCAGACACUGGAAUCAGCUCUUGGCAAAUGGAUGCAAUCAAAUAAUUCAACGGAAUGGUCUAAAGUUGUAUAUUCGAUAAAUACUAGUUCUGCCCAAUCUAUCAAAAAAUGUCCCUACGAAGUGGUAUUUGGUCAGAAACCAAGAUGUGACAUCGAAAUGUGGAAAUUGUUAUCCGAUAAAGCCGUGUUAGAUGAAGAACAACUUCCAGAUGACUUUAUCGAUGAACUGAAUGAACUAAAUUUACAUGAACCGGAGAUUGAUGAAAAAUCUGAUGAAUCCAAUUCAAGUAGUAUCAAAGAUCUGCAAAGUAGAGCGAUGGUUAAUAGUCUAACAAAUGUUUUAAAAGCGACAGAUCCAACACCUCAAGCAUUAGAUUUAAGUUUAGCAGUACCAUCCUCGCCAGUACUGACUCUAACGCCUAAAUCCAAAAAUCGACGAAGAGCAAGAAUUUUUUCAAAUAUCUCAAGUCCAGUUUCACGUCAUUCAGUUUCUGAACAAAAUGAGCAUAUCAGUGAAGGUGACGAAUCUAUGAGUCAUAGCAGCCAUUCAAUAAGUGGUCACAAACAUAUACGAGCUCAAGCGGAAGCCGCUUACAUGGCCACCAUUGCUAAGCGACAAAAAAGUUUCAACGAAAAAUUUUAG